AAACAUUUCUCUCUCUCUCUCUCUCUCACUAACUUCCUUCCUGUUCUAACUGCCAGUACUCAGAAGUCAGAGUAGAGAGGCAGAGGUACCCGACAGAGACGCCUGAAUAGGAAGCACGAUGACUGAGAAGGACGCACAGCCACAGCUGGAGGAGGGGGACGAUGACCUGGACAGCAAGCUCAAUUACAAGCCACCCCCCCAGAAGUCCCUGAAGGAGCUUCAGGAGAUGGAUAAAGACGACGAGAGUCUAACCAAGUACAAGAAAACGCUGCUGGGAGAUGUCCCUGUGAUAGCGGAUCCAACAGUCCCCAAUGUGACUGUUACCCGGCUUAGCCUUGUUUGUGACAGUGCACCAGGGCCAAUCACCAUGGACCUUACUGGUGACCUCGAAGCCCUCAAAAAGGAAACAUUUGUGUUAAAGGAGGGUAUUGAAUAUCGGGUCAAAAUUAACUUCAAAGUGAACAAGGAUAUUGUGUCCGGCCUGAAGUAUGUUCAGCACACAUAUCGGACUGGGAUGAAAGUGGACAAAGCUACAUUCAUGGUUGGCAGCUACGGCCCCCGACCAGAGGAGUAUGAGUUCCUCACGCCGGUAGAGGAGGCCCCCAAGGGCAUGCUAGCCCGGGGUACUUACCACAACAAAUCCUUCUUCACCGAUGACGACAAGCAGGACCACCUCACCUGGGAAUGGAACCUGGCCAUUAAGAAGGAAUGGACAGAAUGAGGCAUCUGUCUGUCCGUCCCUCCACUACUUCCCCACCAGAAGAAUCCUUCCAGCCACAUCGAUCAUGUUCCCCCUCUCCCCUCCCUGUUCACAGCUGGAUCCAUUCCCUAUCACACACACACAUGCACACACACAGUCUUCUCACUGAUGUGUUUUAUAUUACCCCAUCUCUGCAUAUGAGACUUAAAACCUAGGCUUUAACCCAGCUUGUUCCCUCGAACUUUCUCCCCCUCGGCAGGGCCAGAGUUCCGAAGUUCUCCGUCUCAUUUAGCAUCACUCUCUUUUCUCCCAGGUUGAGUACCGAAGGCCAGAAAAUGGGCAAGCUCUAUCAUUAAAGGCUCCCUUGCCUUCUGUUCAGAAAUUCACUCUUGCCACUGGGUUCUUCUGGAUCAAUGAAUCCCACCAUCACCUUCCCUGCCAGGCGGGGCUCUUCUUUUGGGGGAAACACUGUAAACAAGACAAAAGGAAAAGAAUAAAUAAAAUAACUGUAUGUGUGACUGAG